AUGGCUACCAUGUCACCCCGUCUCCCAAGCCCGCCUCCGCCGGCCGAGAUCCAGAUUGGACCGAAGUCUCCAGGCUUGCCCGCAGAUCAAGAGUCGCAGCAGAUGGAGCAGACAAUCAUCAACGCCAACUCGAGAAGGCGCAUACAUCCCGGGACCAAGAGCGCCGACAUGGCCGCCGGCCCACCACUUGUGCCAUUGAACGAGCUCGAUUCCGCGUUCCAACUCCAAGAACAUCUUGCCGCCCUCCAUUACUACCACACCGCAAACAACACGCGACCCAUCACCCGAGACAUCGCCACCCUCUUGGCGACUCCCCCACCGUCGACUGAGAAGACCUUGUGGCUCUACGAGCUGUGUCGAUUCCUCGUCGCACAAUGCAACAGCCUGAUCGUGGGCUUCUUGUUCGACACACCUCCCUGCAGCUUCAACACGUGUCCGGAGAUGCGCGCUUCGGAAUGGCAGUUCCUUUGCGCCGUGCAUGAGCAACCUAAGUCGUGCUGCGCCAUAGAUUAUUGCUGCCACACCCUCGAUUGGGCUGCCAACGUCGUGACAAAUCCAAAAGUCUUUCCCUCACGCUUUGUGGCCUUGUCAGGUGGAGACGGGAGUGGGCAUGACAAGAACACCGCGGUCAAGAACCUUGUCAACGUGUUCCGACGUCUGCAUCGAAUCUUUGCUCACGCAUGGUUCCAGCACAGGGGCGUAUUCUGGUCUGUGGAGGGGCAAACGGGCUUAUAUGUGUUCUUCAAGACGGUCUGCGACAUGUUUGACACAUUACCGGCCGAGAACUACAAACUGCCCCCUGAGGCAGAAGGCCUGGAAAGUGCGGCGGCUGCUGCUGAGUCUACGGACAGAGGAACCAAAAAGGAGCAGUCACAGCUGCAAACACCUACGAUCCAGCAGCACUCUGAUGAGGACAAUUUCCUGCCAGCAGGAAGAACCAACACGCGACGGCACAUAAGAAGUAGCCCGUCGACGGGGAGCGCUGUGACGACAGUGAUGGAGGCUGAUGAGGACGAUGGCGCAGAUGUCACCGGCAGGCUCCGGGAAAUGCGCAUCUCGACACCAGAGACUGUGGUAGAAGAAUCCGAAGUGACUGAGGUACCUGUCAUUGUCGAGCAUGGCAUGAUGGAGGAGCUAAAUGAGAAGGCUGUGGAGGAGGAAGGAACUCUAGCGUCCCAUGAUGAAACCAAGGCUGACGCGGAGCGCAGCUCCUCUGAAGCUACAUCACAGGCCGAUGAGGCUUCAGAGCCCGCGAAGGAAGAAGAGGCACCAAGCCAUACAGAGGACGCAGCGUCCGCGGAUGCUGGCGCUCAACAUCAUGGUCAAGGUGAGGGGGAGACAAAGGAUGGCGCGGCCGAAGAAUCGAAGGAAGGCAAUACUGAGGACGCAGGCGAGCUCGCAACAACCACCACACAAGACUUUGCCGUGGAGCAACCUGCGGAGCAGGAUCAUGAGCCAUCCCCGACCAAGACUGAGGAGGAUGCUUCAAAGCAGGCGAUCGACAGCGAGGCCGACAAAGCUGAUGAGAGCAAGGAUUCGUAG